CAAUUUUGUUUGUGUUUAUUGUGUACAUCAUGUGAGCCUUUCGUGCUGCUAUUAUUGCCUUUCUAAAGUUCCAAUUUCCUGUCGGCACAGACACUGUAGCAAUCUCUGUGAGACAUCAAAUAAAAACAAAAAGGCGUUACUGUGUCUGUUCUACAAGUCGAUGUGUUCCUGUGUUUAUGGCCUAAAAAUCGUUCCGGAAACUUUUCACUCUGAGUCUGCCUGUGUUGAGAAACUUGAAAGGACACACUCAGAAGAAGAUUUAGAUCUAGGCCCUAACUUCCACUAGAAAAUCUAGAUCUCUUGUCUAGAUCUAAUCUAGAUUCUAGAUCUAUAUAUCUAAAUCUAGGUCUAGACUAACAUUGAUUGAAUGUUUUUUUGUGAAAGUUGUAGCGGCUAACAACAUACAGAUAUGGCUGACUUUUUAGCUGAAAAUAACCAAUGUGGGCAGAAUCUCUUGCGGCUGGUUUCUCGUGGCAAUGCUAUCAUCGCUGAGCUGUUACGUCUCGCAGAUUUUGUCCCUCCAGUUUUUCGUCUUGAGACCAGAGCAGAUCAAGCAAGAUAUGGGGAUAUACUGUCAGACUUCAGUUACUUCAACAGUGCAGAUUAUUUUGACAAUAAAAUAGAAUCUAGAGUGCUAUCUUGAGGACUUGGAGGAAGGAGUGUACAUCCAGCAGACCAUGGAGUCUGUUCUGUUGAAUGAUGAUGGCAAACAACUCAUGUGCGAGUCUUUGUUUCUGUAUGGGGUCAUGCUUCUCAUCAUUGACACAAGGAUUGAUGGUGUUGUCAGAGAGAGGAUUCUAGUCUCCUACUACAGAUACAGUGCUCAGAAGGCAGCUGCAGGUGACUCCAACAUUGACGAUGUCUGCAAACUUUUGCGCAGCACUGGGUUUUCAAACGCACCAGGAGCAAAAAGGCCAGCUCACUACCCAGAAUCAUUCUUUUCUCGUGUGCAAGUCAAUCAAGAAUUUGUGGACAUGGUGAUCGGCCGUCUGCGAUCAGACGACUUGUACAACCAGAUUGCUGCAUUCCCGCAGCCUGAGCAUCGCAGCACAGCGUUGGCCACACAGGCUAGCAUGCUGUACGUGAUCCUUUAUUUCCAGGCAGACAUCCUCAAUGCACAGCAGGCAAAGAUGAGGGAAAUUGUGGACAAACAUUUCCCUGAUAACUGGGUGAUCAGUGUAUACAUGGGUAUGACUGUCAAUCUGCUUGAUGCCUGGGCUCCAUACAAGUCUGCUGUGACUGCUCUGAAUAACACUUUGUCUGUGUCAAACAUCAGGGAACAGUCCGUUAAAUAUGCCCAAAAAGUGGAGAAGCUGCAGCCCGUGCUGAACAAGUACUUGAAAGAAGGUGUUCUGAAGGAAGAGUUUGUUCUCGACUCUAUACAAAAGUUGAUGAAUGUUCUCCGGGAGGGAAAUGUCACUCUGCGCUGGCUCAUGUUGCACUCAUCAACGUUACAACCAAGUGCUGAAUUAAACAAAAAGAUCAAACAGAUCCGAGAGCAGGUUCUGACAGACAGCAAGUUCAAUCCUCUGGUUGUGUUUGAGCUGCUGCUAAAUAUUGCACAGUUUGAGUUCAAGCUGAAGGAGAUGUUCAAACAGAUGCUGAGUGAGAAGGAGCUCAAAUGGGAGCAGUACAAGAAGGAGGGUUCGGAGCGCAUGCAAGAACUUAGCGAAGUCUACUCUGGCACUAAGCCUCUCACACGGGUGGAGAAAAAUGACAAUCUACAAGCUUGGUUUGCUGAAAUGAGUCGCCAGAUUGGCUCUCUGGGCUACGAGGAUUCUACUUCUGCAGGCAGGAAAAUUGUUCAGUUGAUUCAAGCUCUGGAAGAGGUGCAAGAGUUCCAUCAACUUGAGAGCAACCUGCAGGUGCGUCAGUUCCUGGCAGAUACGAGGCAGUUCCUGCACCAGAUGAUCCGAACCAUCAACAUCAAGGAGGAGGUCCUCAUCACAAUUGAGAUUGUGGCUGACCUUUCUUAUGCCUGGACUCUAAUGGACAGCUACACAACAUACAUGCAGCAAGGGAUCAAGAAAGAUCCAACCUUAGUCAUCAAACUGAGGGCAACAUUUCUCAAGAUGGGCUCUGCUCUGGAUUUGCCUCUGAUGCGAAUCAACCAGGCCAACAGCCAGGACCUGAUCAGCGUGUCACAGUAUUACUCUGGGGAGCUUGUGGCCUAUGUCAGGAAAGUCUUACAGAUCAUCCCCCAAACCAUGUUCAGCUUGCUGGCCAAGAUCAUCCACCUCCAGACCACUUCUAUCAAGGAAGUUCCCACUCGCUUGGAGAAAGACAAGAUGAAGGAAUACGCACAGCUGGAUGAGAGAUAUGAAGUUGCCCGACUUACACAUGCCAUUUCUGUGUUCACUGAGGGAAUCCUCAUGAUGAAGACCACACUUGUGGGAAUAAUCAAGAUUGACCCCAAACAGCUGCUGGAGGACGGUAUCAGGAAAGAGCUGGUCAUGCAGGUCUCCCAGGCCUUACACACAGGGCUUAUCUUCAACCCCAAGGCUAAGGUCAAUGAAUUGCUGCCAAAACUGACCGUUCUCGGAGACCAAAUGGAUGGUUUCCGGAGGUCGUUUGAGUACAUUCAGGAUUACGUGAACAUCUACGGCCUCAAGAUCUGGCAGGAGGAAGUGUCGCGUAUCAUCAACUACAAUGUUGAACAAGAGUGCAACAGCUUUCUCAGAACAAAGAUCCAAGACUGGCAGAGUGUGUAUCAGUCCACUGCCAUUCCAAUCCCUCGGUUUGUUCCCGUAGAUGAAAGCGUCAACUUUGUUGGAAGACUGGCGCGAGAAAUUCUGCGGAUCACAGAUCCAAAAACAACCUCAUACGUGGAUCAGAUGAAAGCUUGGUAUGACCUGAAAACAAAGCAAGAAAUCACCAACAGAACAUUGUUCGCCAAAAUCCACAGGGCAGUAGGCAGUUUUGGUCUUGCAGGCUUGGACCGCCUGUUCUGCUUCAUGAUUGUCAAAGAGCUGCAAACAUUCCAAUUGAGUCUUCAAAGAUCAGUCUUAAAAGACAAGAACCUCAUGGAUAACUUCUCUCAGUUGAUAAAAACAAUGAAUCCACUGCAGGGACUUCUUGGCCAGCCUCAGAAGUUCUACCCGCACGCAAUGUCCAAGACUGGGAAGAUUCUACCUCACUUCAUGGACAUUAUCACCAGGGUUGGACAGAUGCAGUUGCUGAGGCGACAGAUUGCGUAUGAGCUGAACACCUCUUGCAAGUUUGACUCAAAGUUCCUUUCCAGCUCUUUGCAGACAAUGAACAAUUCCCUCCUGGCCGACAUUGAGCAGCACUACCAGGACCCAACCAAACCAUACCCCAAGGAGGAGAACCCGCUCAUGUACGAGCUCACCAGCUACCUGGAGGCAGCAGGAUUCCACAACCCACUGCGGAAAAUUUACAUCACUACACCAAGGUUGCCUCACUUUUCCCUGUUCACAUUCCUCAUGACCUUGUGGCAUCUGAACAAGCUGUGCUACAACAGAUCCAUUGAUUCUCUGAUCUGCAAGAAGCCUGCAGACCCUCUUGACGCACCUCCUUGUGUUGUUGGAGUGUACACGCUACUGAAACAGUCACACAGCGACAACACUAACAUCUUCCUGGCCUUUCUGGGUCAAUAUGUGCGCUCCAUGGUCGAGGCGAUGGGCAGCGCAAAGGACCCUACCAUGUCCCAAGAUGUCCUGAAUGUUCUCAUGUUUUUGGAAGAUUUCAUUUUUUACAGUGGACUUCAAAGAAAGGUUGUAGAGUCAUUUGUGCCGACCUACAUCUUUGACGAGUUCAGAGGCCAAUUUGCCCAAGCAUAGGUCUCCGGUGCUACCAACAAUUACAGAGACCGGCCAAUCUGUCACAUUAUCAUCAAGACUUCGUAAAUGAAUGCAUUUAUGCAGAAUCUGGGAAGAAAACAAAAUCUAUCACAGACUUUUGAAUUCAAUUGGAUAGAUAUCUAAUACUCCUGAAUAUUUAAAAAGUUUGUAUUGAGCAAAAAGGUCACAAGAAACUUAAUGUUUUGAGAUUCUCUGUUAAAACUAUGUUUGAUAAAGAUGAAUAAGAUAAUCAUUCAAGCUUAGCAUUUUUAUGCAGUGUGGGUGUUGAUUUAACCUGUAAGUCAGAAAGUCAUGUUUUUAUUUGCAGGAGAAAAAAACACAAAUGUAAGGUCCAAUAUAAGUAAGGACAGGACACAUGGCAAAGAGAUAACUGCUAUAUUGCCCACCAUAACGGAAACUGUCAGUUUUCUUUCAAAACGUGAAAGAAACACUGAGAGUUUUUUUGGUCUUAUUUUUGUUUCUUAUUUUUUUCUUUAAUUUUAGCCAUCACAUGACGUUUCUUGUGCUGUGACUUUUUGUUGUUAUUGAAGCCAUUCAGCAAGUAUAGACAUGUGCCCCUGCAAUUAUUUUCAGAGGCUUGAAUUUUUCUUUUGAAAUUAAUGUGAUAUGAAUUACAGGUUCAGUUUUGUUUUUCUAUCCUGAUAUUGUUUUCAUUAUCCUGAUAUUGUUUUUGUUAUACAGACAUCAUUUUUGCAAAGAUGUAUUUUUGAUUCUGUUCAGCGUCAGAGGCCAUAGUGAACUCCUUUCAAAUUUUUCUGCUCUGUGAUACCUCAGCUGGCUCUUUGGAAUGAUAAAAUGGUGAAUAAUUAGAACAUAUGUAAUCGUCUUUUGCAGUUGUUGAUCCUUGUAUGUCUAUCUCUUUUCCCUGUGAUUUGUGUGUGGUUUUUUUGUCUUGUUUGAUAGCAUGUGACAAAGAGUUUGAGUUUUAUGGAAAAAAAUACUGCUAAGUUAACAGAAAAGCAACACACUUUAGUUCAAUAAAGAUCAAUCAACUAGCAUAGCAAACUUUUCAACAUGAUAUCAUUCCAACUUUGUUGUUGAAUAGUUUUCGUCAUUCUCAUCAGUAUGUUUUUCAGUUAGAUCGACAUAGACAUACCAUGUAUUCUGCUGAAAUAAUGCUCAUAUAAAAUUCCUAUUGUUAACUGGUAGAUUUUUCUUCUUGGAGAUAUCAACAAUGUUUUGUUCAAUGACGAGUAAAGUGAAACCUGUGUGUUGGUCAAUUAUGGGUCAGAACAAUCAUAAAACCUGCAAUAACUUGGUUUCAUUUUCACCCCUUCUUCCUCUCCCCUUGUUGUAUUGAACUCACUUAGGGUGUCCAAACAAAUAAUUAGUUAAUAAGAUUUAUAUUGAAUUCAUGUAUUUGUGCUGUAUUUGUGAUAUUGAGCUAGUUGUAUGUAUAGAAAUCAAAGGAAAUGUCAGGCUUGAUGAAGGUCUUUGUUCAGCCGCUUAAACGAGAAGGAAUCCCUUACAUUAUUCUCAUGUUCCUGGUACGUCAGAAGAUGAGUUUGAAAUCUUAUUAAUCUUUUCUCAAUUAUUGCUUAUGAAUGUAAACGUGUAUAGAUGCCUUCAAUACUCGUGUACUAGAACUUGAAUAACAUGGGAAAAUGGACCAAGCUGUAUUGUUAAUGAGUAGAAUGUGCUAAAUAGAUUGAAAGCUCAGUAAGGAAGUGACAAUGUUUUAUGAGAUUUAAUACUUGAAGUUGAAGUUUUAUUAUUACUGUGAAACUUUGGUGAAAAAUAUUGAUGCAAGUUAAAGAGAAACUAUUGCUUGUUUUGCUUUAGUAUGUGCCCUCUGCCUUUUAUGUAUACGUAUAUUAAGGAAUGCGUAAGAAAUUAAUAAACAUGAUAAGUCUACAUA